UUGCUGUAUUGAAUAGCUGUCCUUCAGUGAUUUUAAAUGACUGAAAGUCGUUAGUUUAAGAUUGAAGGAAUUUGAAACAACACAAACUCCUGUUCUUUACUCUGUAGCAGCGUAAGUUAUCUUUUAACCAAAGUAGUGUGCAUGAAUAAUAAAUCUUCAACAUCCUAAACAAACCACUAACUCGUACCUUCUCCCCCCAAUAAAGCCUCACUUCAUGCCCAAAGAAAAUAAAAUAAGUAAAUUACAAAGAAGAAAUUAUAAAAGCUCACUUUAUUUGACAGAUUAGGCAUAAAAGUUCCAUUCAAAGAAUAUCCCUUUCUCUUCUGUUUGUUUGAAACUAAAUAUUUUCGGCAGCCUCUGUUUCUCUUAAAACUUACAAACUGAACAUACAUCCCUUUCAAACUGACAGAUUGGGCAUAAAGUUCCAUUCAAAGAAUAUCCCUUUUUUCUCUUUGUUUCUUCCAAACUAAAUAUAUUCAGCAUCUUCUGUUUCUUUUAGAACUCGUAACUAAACAUUGAUCUGGAGCUUUUGUGUUCCGAGUGGAGUAGAUGCUUCUGCAUUCUGGUUAUGAUAAUGAAGCUGAUGACCAGCAGCAGUCGGAAUCACAAAUGGAGCCUUUAUCUGCAAAUGGAAUUUCUUAUGCAGGUAUUGCUACUCAGAAUGUUCAGUAUGCAACACCUUCACAGCUUGGAACUGGGCAUGCUGUGGUACCGCCCACUUACCCAUAUCCAGAUCCAUACUACAGAAGUAUCUUUGCUCCCUAUGAUGCACAAACUUAUCCCCCACAACCCUAUGGUGGAAAUCCAAUGGUCCACCUUCAGUUAAUGGGAAUUCAACAAGCAGGUGUUCCUUUGCCAACUGAUACAGUUGAGGAGCCUGUGUUUGUCAAUGCAAAACAGUAUCAUGGUAUAUUAAGACGCAGACAGUCCCGUGCUAAAGCUGAAUCAGAAAAAAAGGCUGCAAGGAAUCGGAAGCCAUACUUGCAUGAAUCUCGACAUUUGCAUGCACUGAGAAGAGCAAGAGGAUGUGGAGGUCGGUUUUUGAAUUCAAAGAAAGAUGAGAAUCAACAGGAUGAGGUUGCAUCAACUGACGAAUCACAGUCCACUAUCAAUCUCAAUUCUGAUAAAAAUGAGCUUGCACCAUCAGAUAGAACAUCCUAAAACUACAGAAAUGGUGAUGCUGUAGAUUGCAGGGAUCUGUUGUGUAUAUCUAUAUUGGGAGAUGAAUCUCCAACCAACAGUAUCCUCAGAUAUCUCCCUAUUAUUCAUUCUGUCGUACAACGCCAUAGGUAUAAGUAUAGGUUGUGUAGUAGGUAUGUUAGGAGGUUGCAAAAUAAAACAAGUAAAAUGUAAAUUGAAGUGAUUCAACUAAGUCUAUCCCCAAUGUGGUCCUUUCUUGCCUUUUUAGGUAUUUUUAUUGUGUGGGCUUUUCUUUGUAUUAUUUGGUGCCUCUGAGGGAAAGAGAAGAGAUUAUCCGAAUGCGUGAUGGUUUGGUUGGAUCAUGUUUAUUUAGCUUGUGAGAAUUAAUUGUUGUAGCACUCUUUUGAUUUGUUGUUAUAAACGAGGAUGAAAAGUUUAAACCAGGAUUGGUCAA